AUGGCUGCUCACCACGAUAAGAACCCUUUUCACAACGAAGAAGAUGAUCAAGUCAAUCCUUUUUCAAACCCUUCACAUUAUUCACACUCAAGGCUUUCGGCAUUACCUCAUGAACCAGCCAACUUUGAUUAUGGUCAUCGGCAUCCAGCCAUUGACGUUGCUCUUGAUAAAGAAAUGAAUUUACAGCAUAAAGAGAGAGAACUUAAAACCAAGGAAGCUGAAAUCAGAAAGAGAGAGGAGGAAGUCAAAAAGAAAGAAGAAGCUCUUGCUAGAGCUGGAGUUUUUCUGGAUAUCGAAAAUUGGCCACCAUUUUUCCCAAUCAUACACCAUGAUAUUGCAAAUGAAAUACCAGAUUAUCUACACCGUAUGCAAUAUGUAGCUUUCGCCACUUUAUUAGGAUUGAUCCUUUGCCUUGUCUGGAAUGUCAUAUCUGUUUCUGCUGCAAGCCUCAAAGGGAGAGGAAUUGUAAUCUGGUUCCUUGCCAUCAUCUACUUAUUAGUUGGGGUACCAGGAGCCUAUUUUUUGUGGUACCGUCCACUAUAUCGCGCUUGCAGGAAAGACAGUGCAUUUAGAUUUGGAUGGUUUUUCAUAUUUUAUAUGGUACAUAUAUGCUUCUGCAUCUUUGCUGCUGUUGCUCCGCCUAUAUUCCGUCAAGGGUUUUCGUUACCGGGAAUACUGAGUGCAUUAGAUGCUAUGAGCCAAAGUGCUAUUCUUGGGAUCUUGUACUUUAUCGGGUUCGGAUUAUUCAGUGCCGAGGCGCUGUUAAGCAUCUGGGUCUUUCAGAGAGUGUACAGGUUUUUCCGGGGAACCGGUAAGGCUGCAGAGGCAAAGAGCCGAGCUGCAAGAGGGAGAGCAAUGGCUGCAGCAAGUUAA